AUGAAAGAUGGUAAGAGGUGCUUAGAGAAAGAGAGAGAAGCUCUUCUCAAAAUCAAAUAUGAGCUUAUUGACGAAUAUGGUCAAUUUUCUUCUUGGGAAAACCACAAAGAUAAAAAGGAUUGUUACGAAUGGAGAGGUUUCCUUUGCAAUAACCUAACUAAUCAUAUUAUCGAGUUGGAUCCGAAUGGUCUAUACGAGAAUGGAGAAAAGCGUAUUGCUAUUGCACCUCCAAGAGGUAACAUUAGCAUUUGGUUGCUUGAAAUACAAAAUUUGAAACAUUUAGACCUCAGUUUCAAUGACUUCGACUAUAUCAGAAUCCCACAAUUCAUUGGUUCCCUAUGCAAAUUACAAUAUCUUGAUCUUUCCCAUUCUAAUUUUAGUGGAGAAAUUUCCCGCCAUCUUGGCAACCUUUCUCAAUUGCAAUUUCUUGGUCUUGACACAGAUGAUGGUAUGCUAACUAGCACAAAUAUUGAUUGGCUUUCUCGACUUCAUUCAUUAAGCUAUCGAUCAUGA